GGUGCAUAACAAAAAAGUAAUGGCCAUCUAUUUGGGUCUCGAAUAAGGAGGGAUAGCCUAUUUCCCGUCGGACUAUCGUCGGUGUGAUUAAGCUAUCCGUGUGUCGAUGCGUGCGUUCCGCUGUCAGUGAUUCCCGGUGGUGCGCAGAGCCUCUCGGCGGCCGCGGUGGCAGAACGGUUCACAGGCGGGGUGCUCAACUUAGUGCCGCGGUUUAGGGUUAAAUCAGCCAGCUAGCCACGCUAACGCUAGCCACGACCACGGCUGCUGUGUGAGCCGACGUCUGGAAGGGCGGACGAGUUUGACGUCUUCUCCUCAAGUCUCCUCACAUUUCUGGAUCCAGUGUGUCGCGCUCUCGCCCUCGUUUACGCUAAAAAAAAAAAAAAGAAAAGAAAGAAAGCUUCCCCGCUCAACAUGGAGGAGACACACUUUGCAAGUGCAUGAAGACCAACGACGGAUGACGGAUAAAUAGGAUUAAAACCAACUCGGUCUUGAUGGGGAAAAGUUGAGCUGAGGAUCAACAACUUGGGGGAAAAAAACUGAAGAAAGAUUUCAAGUCUUACCUUAUUGUGCAAGGGCAUGCAAAAACCUCAGUGAUGGAGCCCUCCGUUGUGAGUACGUCCACGCUGGCCCCCGAUGAGUUCGACAGGAACGUGCCGCGGAUCUGCGGCGUGUGUGGCGACAAGGCCACCGGGUUCCACUUCAACGCCAUGACCUGCGAGGGCUGCAAGGGCUUCUUCAGACGCAGUAUGAAGCGCAAGGCCACCUUCACAUGCCCCUUCAACGGCAGUUGCACCAUCACCAAGGACAACAGGCGCCACUGCCAGGCUUGCCGGCUCAAACGCUGUGUGGACAUUGGCAUGAUGAAAGAGUUCAUUCUGACAGAUGAGGAAGUGCAGAGGAAGAAGGACCUGAUUCAGAGGAGGAAGGACGAGGAGGCGCAGCGCGAAGCGGAGAGGGAGGCGCGGCGGCCCCGGCUCUCCGAGGAGCAGAGCCAGGUCAUCGCCACGCUGGUGGAGGCGCACCACAAAACAUACGACGACUCCUACUCUGACUUCUGUCGUUUCAGGCCUCCAGUGCGUGAAGGCCCGGUGACACGAAGUGCCAGCAGAGCUGCUUCCCUCCACUCCCUCUCCGAUGCCUCCUCAGACUCCUUCAGUCAUUCUCCUGAGUCCGUAGACACCAAAAUGAACUUCAACAACCUGCUGAUGAUGUACCAGGAGCAAGGCAGCAGUCCGGACUCCAGUGAGGAGGAGGGCUCCAGCUUCUCCAUGCUGCCUCACCUGGCUGACCUGGUCUCUUACAGCAUCCAGAAGGUCAUUGGUUUUGCCAAGAUGAUCCCGGGAUUCAGGGAGCUGACAGCGGAGGACCAGAUCGCUCUGCUCAAGUCCAGCGCCAUCGAGGUGAUCAUGCUGCGAUCGAAUCAGAGCUUCAACCUGGAGGACAUGUCGUGGAGCUGCGGCGCGCCGGACUUUAAAUACCAGAUCAGCGACGUCACCAAAGCGGGACACACGCUGGAGCUGCUGGAGCCGCUGGUGAAGUUCCAGGUGGGCCUGAAGAAGCUCAACCUGCACGAGGAGGAACACGUGCUGCUCAUGGCCAUCUGUCUGCUUUCUCCAGACCGCCCAGGUGUUCAGGAUCACGCACGGAUCGAAGCCCUCCAGGACCGGCUGUCGGAGACCCUGCAGGCCUACAUCCAGCUCCACCACCCGGGCGGGCGCCUGCUCUACGCCAAGAUGAUCCAGAAGCUGGCCGACCUGCGCAGCCUCAACGAGGAGCACUCCAAACAGUACCGCUCACUGUCCUUCCAGCCGGAGCACAGCAUGCAGCUCACCCCGCUGGUGCUGGAGGUGUUCGGCAGCGAGGUCUCCUAGAAGGCCCCCUCCCGACCCCGAGCUGGAGACGAGACCCCCACCGGGUGGAGAGAGGAGAAAAAGAAAAAAAAAAAAGAAGAAGAAAAAAAACCCAUGGAGGAAGGAAGUUGAGGAUGUGCUGGAUGGACUUAAUGGAGGUGUGGAGGAGGAAGCCAGUGGAAGAGAGAAAGUGGAGUAUGUGUGUGUGUGUGAGUGUGUGUUUAUGUUUGUGCGUGUCUGGCUCUAUGUCUUGUCUCAGAGUCUUGUUGUUAAGGCCGAGGUUGUGUGGAGAGAAAGCAGAUGUUAAGAGACACAGCAAAAACAAGGGAAUUUCAUAAAGUACACAUUAACCUCCUCAUUACAACACCUGCCUACAUGCAGUGUUUUCGUCUGUAUUUAAAUCAACCAACAGCUGCUUCGGAUGCCUGGACAUUUUGUGCGCGGGCGUGCGCCGGAGACGCGCGCGCGCCCGACACGACACAACACACUCAGUUAUUCAUUUAGCCAUUCAGUUGAGCUACCUCUCGGUUUUACUGGGGUUGUUUUGUAUUUUACAUCACCUCCGUGAAACGGCAACUUUUUUUUUUCCCCCACACAAACAGUUUCAGAUACGGAUCACAUUUCAGUCUGUCGGUGCAAAAGCGAAACGCGGUGCCUGCACAUGAUGUCGCGUUCCGGUUUUUCUUUUUUUUUGUUUCAUUUGUAUUUUGUAUCUGCUUCUCUCCAAGGCAGCGCUUGUAUACGGGGCUGUGUUACAGAAUUCAGACACACGCCUUUCACCUUUCACCAAAGGUAUGGUAAACUACUUCUCUCAAAAAGCUUCCAGUACCUAAAAAUAACCUUUGCUGCUCCAUGGCUCGCUUUACUCACGCAGCCGCUCGGCAAGUCGUCCGACGAGCUUCGCGGCCUAUGAAGGAAAAGUGUUGGUCGCGCCGGUGUCUCCCGCGGAAGGCAGAGCGGAGACCGUCGUUUCAGUGAGGUUUCCGUGGGACUCUAGGGUGCCUGGCUUCGAGGGGUGAGAAUUAUCCACUAAAUGUGUUAGCUACUUUUUACACUGCUAACUGUCAAUCAAAGCAAGCCGCCAUUUUGGCUUGUUACUCUUUGGAAAUGAUCGUUUCCUGUUGGUUUUCCUCUGUUGAUUUCCAUGUAAAUAGUUAAUUCCUAUCCCAUGUAUCCUGAGCACUGUUAUACCACCUUUUACUCAAGCCGAUGUAUUGAUAUACCGUAUCUAUUAUAUCAUAGAUUUUAAAGGGCUAAAAUGCCAAAUCUAACUGGAAUAGUAAAACGAGGCCAAAGCGAGAGGCCUGUCUUCUUGUUAAUAUAUAGCUGCAUACCAUUUUGUUUUGUUUUUUUUUUGUUUUUUUGUUUUUAGAAUUGGCAUAGAAAUGGAUAUAAUUGCAAUACCUUUUACUUUUCUUUUUAUUAUUUUAAAUGUACGUCAUUUCACCUUUAUGACAAUUCCAUGAAUUGUUGCUCCUCAGUACACAGAGAGCUCAGUGGGCGGAGAGCUAGGGAAGCUGCUUCAGACCUCCACAGAUCACACACCCCUUUCGUUUCUGACUGGGAAGUGGAUUUUCUAGAAUGUCUGAGGGCCGGGUGGUGUUUGGUGCUGCUGCUGCACACCUCCUCGCCCCUGGUCCUCCUGUUUGAUGAUGUAUGCUGCGCAGCCCUCUAGUGGCUGAUCCUGUAAAUACCAAGUGUUAUGAGAGUGAAUGAGUGAGAGAGAGUGUGUGUUCGCGUGUGUAUAUAUAUAUACAUAUAUAUGCAUACAUAUAUAUAUAUAAAAUAUGUCUGCCACUGUACAUAGGGCUACAUAGAUUGUCAAGGCUAUUUUUUUCAAAACAAGAUAUAUAUGCAAAUAUAAUUGACUCUUUAUUUUAUUUCUGUCCCAUAAUCAACAUGUUCUAAAACACAACGCUCUUUGUUUUUAACUUCUUUGUAAUUCGUUUUUAUAUUCCUGUAGGAGGUAUUUUAAGAGAGACUGAUGCAGGAAUCGCCUGUGUUAAUCGUCAAAGCCAGAUUGUUGUGUUUUUAAACCUGUUUAGUAGUGUUUUGAUGUUAAUUUCCAAGGUUCAUUCUCAGAAAGAGGACAAGCUAAACAUACUGUGCUGCUCUCAAUUAUAAGCCAUAUAGAUCACCAAGCUAGUUAUACAUUACCGUUCAUGAUGACUCCAGAGCCUUGGACAUUCGCAUUAUGUAAUCUACUAAACUUUUUACUACUUAUCUAUGGCUUUUUUCUUCUUUUUUUUUUUUUUUUGGAACAAUGAGCUUGUAUAUGACAGGAACUUGUAUGCCUUCUUUCUGCUGUCAGUCAUCUUUGGCUUAUGCUUCAUCAGACAGCGAUCAAUGGCUUGUAAACCAAACUGCCAAGGGACCUUUACUGCUCGAGGUAACAGGCCCGUCGUAUAUGGCCUGCUGCAUGUGGGAUUAUGGUAAAAUUAGACAAGAUGACACGUCUUAUAUAUGCUAAGGCAAAUUCCCCAAAGAAAGUCCGUUAUCUGCCGAGUGCAAAUGCUCAAAAGCUCAAAAGAAAAAGUCUCUUUUUGAGCCGAGCGCGGCAGAAGGGAGCGACGGGCCAUCUGGUCGCCCCGUGUCAGCUGUCCCGUUUCCUUCAUCUCAGCAGAUGAGGGCCGACAAAGCGAGGAUGACGGUGUGAGAGAGAGACAGAAAGAAUGGAAGAAAGAGAGAGAGAAAAAGCAUUUUUAUUUGGGCCGAACGUCUGACAUGUUCGGCCCACAGGGAUUUUUCUUUUUCACUUCCUGCCGUCAGAGUCCGCUCGAACAUCACUGUGGCUUGAUUCCAACUCUUCUCGGUCACUGUGAGGCUCCUCCAGCUAACAGUCGGGGCCUGAUACUUUGAUACAUAACCUUGCAUAGCACAAAUAUUUCAUCGUUUUUAAAGAUUCCCCCGAUUGUAAUCAGUCUUUUUGUCCUCAUCCUAAAAAAUUUUGGGAUUCGAUUGUGUGUGUGUGUGUGUGUGUGUGUGUGUGUGUGUGUGUGUGUGUGUGUGUGUGUGUGUGUGUGUGUGUGUGUGUGUGUGUGUGUGUGUGUGUGUGUGUGUGUGUGUGUGUGUGUGUGUGUGUGUGUGUGUGUGUGUGUGUGUGUGUGUGUGUGUGUGUGUGUGUGUGUGUGUGUGUGUGUGUGUGUGUGUGUGUAACUCCCCGUGUCCCACAGGUGACCCUGCUGUGAGUGACCUUAAGGGAGUGGAAGCUCGAGUGUCUUUAGGCAGUACCACUCGUGUGUGUGUGUGUAUAGUCCGUCGUUUUGAGGAGGGGUAUGAUGUGCUUGGUUACUGAAAACUGACUUUUGAAGUUUUGAAGUCUCCAUGUUGAUUUUUUAUUUUUCUUUCUUCCUGAAUGCAUACUUCUGUAUGUAGCUCUGACUUUGUACCUUUUUUUUUUUUUUUUUUUUGAGAUAGAGUUGCAGUGUUGAUUUGUGUAUGUUAAACACAGCGGGAGGUUUUGGUGAAUAUGUAAGUGCCACGGGGAGACUUCCCUCCACACGAGAACAGGGUAAGAGAGGAGUCGCGCUUGGGGAUUUGAAGCCGAACUGUAGAGGAAGAAGAAAAAAAAAAAACCCCAGGAGGAUGUAUUGUAUCGCUGCGAAAUGAGAGAGUAGAUAUUGGUCAGUGCCACAGGGGAAUUCCGUAUUUUAUCAUAAGAGAGAAACUUCUCCUUACAUGACUGAAUAUCUGAGUGGAUGUUGAUUUCUUCAGGGAACUCAAGCAUGCGCUCUGACUCGGUUCAGUGUGAAAACGAUGCAUCUCCCAGAGGUUCCUACCUGGUUUCACCACAAACUUCUUAACUCUUGAGUUGUGGUCGUUUAAAAAGAAACGUCGCUGGAACUUCCAAAAAAAAAAAAGAAGAACACAUCAGUGGAAAUCCCGACACACAAAUCGAACCGAUCCGAUCUAUCGAGAUCUCCAUAAGCUCGCUACAUAACACCGUAACAAUGCCUGCAAUAUCCAGCUCAUGGUACACGAUCACCAGCAAGCUUUACAGUUUCUCAUGUCAGUAGACAUUUUUGAAGUGUUUUGUAUAACUGUUGCCAUUACAAAUCCUGUCUGUAUGAUAUCAUCCACACAGAACCGUUUGCUAUCUCUCAUGCAAAAGAACUCAAGUAUUUUAUUUUAUUUUUUUCUUUGUUUCUCUCUUUAGGACAGGGAUUGUAAUGGAAUCAACUCAAUGUAGUUCUUAUAAAAGAAAAAAAAAAAAAGGAGUGUCCACAAUGGAUGUACACCAUAAUCUACCUAAAAAACCUACCUCUUUUAGCUCAGAUUUUGCUUUAGCAUUAAGCAUUUGCCUCUGUUUUUACUUUUAUAAUAUUUGUAUUCAUGUUGGUAUUUAUUGCUGUCUAAUGAGUCAUACUUCAAUGAUUACCUCAGAGAUAUCUCACAUAUUUGGGAGAGUCCAGCUAAUGAAGUCAUUCAUAUUUUUUUUUUCCUUUUGUUUUGUACAGGAUUUACUUUCUUCUCAGACUUAGCAAUGCCUUUUUUUUUUUUUUACGCACAAAAUACCAGGAGUGUUUUUUGUUUGUUUUUAAUCUAGUGCCUCCACUCUGACCAUCGUUGCUCUGGCUAAGCUGAAGCCGCGUUCGCGCUCAGAAAGUGGCGCCCUCCUCCGUGUCCUCGUCCUUUCUUUUCCCCCUCUCAGUGCAGCUUCCAGCAAAACAGCCUUUCAUUGCUGAUAUCUGCAGCAAAAACCGAGGGAGGUGGGGGGGGGGUGACGCUUUCCGAGCGCGAAGGCAGCUUUUGAAGAAGUGACAGACCUGAAAGGCUUUGUGACGGAAGGAGAGGCGAGCGAGGCCUGAACUCCUCCCGGUACCGUCAGCUCAGUCCCAGUCCGACCCCCGUCACCCUCUCCUCGCUUCGGCCUCCCCUUCUGUCGUAAAGCCUGCUCCCACACCUUCAUCAUUCCCUGCCAACCUUUUGGUCAAACUUUAGGGGGGGGAGGAUUUACGAGCAAGAGAGGGGGGCGAAAUCCUCAGUAUCCAUGCAAUGCUGCUUUUUAUCUCGAGCUCCAGCGAGUUGUGCGAGACCGACGCUGCGUAACGCAAGCAUCGUCCAGUGUGUGUGUGUGUGUGUGUGUGUGUGUGUGUGUCAGCCCCUCGGCGGCUCGGUCGGGCCCAAAUCCACGCAGCCCGGCGGCGCCCGCCGGGGGAAAAAACGAUUCCAUUCAGAUUUUAGUAUCACAUUACCGGAGCAACUACUCACUUUGGUGAAUUUAAACCAAGUCUUUUUUUCAACUUUUUGUUUCUUUUUCUUUCUUUCUACUUGUCUUCAUGUCAAACUGCUUCAGGUAAACACUGAAUGAAAUUAGAGAGUUUAUAUUGAUCAGUGACUAAUGAGGAAUAAUGUUGCCAUGGUCACAUCUGCCCCGAGCUGUGUGCCAUAACGUGACCCUUUCACUGCAGGGGAGGGCGGCGCGACCCCGACCACGACGAUUGUCUCCGACCGGUGCGCAUUUAGCCGCGCGCACCGAGGACUAAAUUCGAAUCUGGCAUGGCGCUCUCACCCUGCUUUUGUGAACCCAAAUCAUGCCACGUUCGAUUUGAAACGCCUGAACCAACGAAAGCACUUAUUGUAAAUGCUCGUAACGUGUGUAUAUUGAUCAAGCUACUAGCCAUAAGCUGCCCGCUUCGGCCAGAAGAAUAUGGCUCCAAUUAUUAAGAGAAUAAAGUCCUCUAAAUUCUAAUGUAAUUGCAAUUUUAUCUUUUGUCUCUGUUUUUUUUUUUUUCAAAGAUCUUUUUUCUAUUAUAAAUUGGUGUUUAUGUAAUGUUAUUUUUGUCGGAUGUUUUGCAAAUCAAAAAUAAACAGUUGUACAUAG